ACUUUAAAUUGUCUUGUUGUUAAAAGGUGCUUUACAAAUGCAUUUUCCUUGCCUUCCCUACUGUGUGACAUUUUAAAGAGCAAACAUUAGAAAAUAUGUGGCAGAUAAAUCAUGAAAAUAAUCAUAUUCGCAUCUUAUUUCAGUGAUUCACCUUGGCUUAGAAAUGAUACAGUGUUCCUGUUCUGCUCUGUACUUUUUCUGAACACGCCUCAAGCCUCUCAGUCUGUACUCUCAGUAUUUUUUAGCUGAGCAUCCCUUUGUGACCGGACACAGAGCACAUAAAACAUUCUGAGUGUGAAGCAGCAGGGCCAGCAAAAUGUAAUUGCGAGUGCUUAACCCACGUGGUGCCUGUGAGGCAUCUGAUCCUUUGGACUUAGUCAGAAAUCCUCACCUAAUCCCACAGCCAGGUCUGUUCAGCGGGUCUCUUCCUUUUGGCCUGUUGCUGUGAGGGGUUUGUAGCAGCGAGGAAGACAGAGCUUUAUGGGUUAGCUGCAGACAAAGGGCCAAACAGUAUCUCACCUUUUAGGAGGGUUACAACAAGCGGCUGCCCCGAUGAAGGCCACUUGGCUCGAGAGGACAGUUAGAUGGAUUGUGCGGUUGAUGUCUUUUCGGCGCAAGUGUCAAAGGAAAGUGACUCUGGUUAUGGUGGGACUAGAUAAUGCCGGGAAGACAGCCACAGUACGAGGAAUCCAAGGAGAUAAUCCCCAGGAUGUCGCUCCUACAGUUGGUUUUUCUAAGGUUGACUUGAAGCAGGGCAAAUUCGAGGUGACCAUCUUUGACCUGGGUGGUGGGAAGAGAAUCCGGGGCAUCUGGAAGAACUACUACUCAGAGUCACACGGUGUGGUGUUUGUGGUGGAUUCCAGCGACGUCCAGAGGAUCCAAGAGACGCGGGAGACCAUGGCUGAGGUCCUCCAGCACCCGCGCAUCGCAGGGAAACCUGUGCUAGUGCUCGCCAACAAACAAGACCAAGAGGGAGCGCUGGCUGAAGCAGACAUCAUUGAGAACCUGUCGUUAGAGAAGCUUGUUAACGAGAACAAGUGUCUCUGUCAGAUCGAGCCAUGCUCUGCCGUUCUAGGCUACGGCAAAAAGGUGGACAAGUCCAUCAAGAAGGGCCUGAAGUGGCUCCUCAACAACAUUGCCAAAGACUACGAGGCCAUUACUGAGCGCGUGCAGAAGGACACAGCUGAGCAGCGCGCUCAGGAGGACCAGGACAAGAAGGAGAGGGCGGAGAGAGUGCGGCGGAUACGAGCGGAGAGAGAACGGCAGGAACGGGAAGAAGCAGAACGCGAGGGCAGGCAGAUUCAGGAAGAGGAGCUUGAUGAUGAAAACAUGCCCAGCCCCUUCCAACCAAUCAGCAACGUGAUCUCUGAGAAUGAGGAUAAAGAAAAGGAGAGGAGGAGGCAAAGAGAGCUGCAGGAGACCAGGACCAACAGCCCGAAGACGGAUGCUGAUCAGGAGGAAGAGGAGUAUGAGGAAGAUGAAGAGCCAGACGACACAAGACAAACGCCGGAAAAUGCCAGCUCAGCCACAACAGGCGAGCAAGACAAAAAGAAGACGAGGAAGCUGCACCUGAAGAGGAAGCACAGGGUGGACCCGCUGAGGACAGAGGAGGGGCCAGCAGAGAGCCCCACCCCUCCACCUCCUCCAGUUGGAUGGGCCACACCAAAAGUUUCUAGACUGCCAAAACUAGAACCACUCGGGGACUCGAGACAUUCUGAUUUUUUCAAGAAGCCUCUCCCGCCUCUCGCGAACAGGCCGCGGCCUAACGGCGACGCUCAUGACAUCAUUUUUUAACCUCCUUUUUACUGAUUGAGGUCGUCCAAUCAUGGCUCUCCCCUUUUUGCUUUCUGUCUCAAGUGAGCGGUGUGUAGACAACCAAACACAGAGACACUGCAGACGCGGGGAACCGGUGAGCGCCAGAGUGUGAGACACAGGGGCAACAUGGGAGAUGAAGUCCUGCUCGGAAGCUGUCAUGUGGUUUCACAAACUGACACAAUUCAGUGUGAAGCAUCGAACCUGCCUGAACUGACUUAAUGUCAGGUUCUGUCUUCACUCGACAAAAGCACGUUUAGUGCUGAACUCCUUCACUGUAGACUUUAUUUUUUAUUGUUAAUAUCAGUGUUAGACAGUAUGGACUCCAUGUGUCCGACUGAGAUGCUUUUAAUUGACAAAGAAUGUAAAUAUGUCCGCUAUAACCUUAUAAAUGUUCAUGUCUAUUACUGAAUAAUGGAUUUGUAUACACGCCGCCAUUAAAAAUGACCAUAAAAUGUUUUCAUGUAUUUUUGCACCUUCGGUUUUGUAGUGUAAACAAAGGUGGAGGUCUUAAGUGGCUUUUCACAGCUGAGUGCUUUAAAUUUGAUCCGUUUAAAGUUAACUAUGGAAGCAAAUCAGAGACAAAAUUAUUUUAAUUUUUAACAACUAUUAAAUACUUAAAGCAGCUGUGCGGAACUUUUCGUUUUCGUUGAUUAUAGUGCCCCUUUGGUUGAAGCGGUAUGACACCCACAGCCUGGUGUCGUAAAAUCUCGACUGCAGCCGGCAAUUACUGCAUGCAUUUGUUUUGGAGAGCGAGAGGAUUAACUAACGUCAGGUCAGUCCAGGUAGUUAGUGGAAACAGCAAAAUGACUCAGUAAACUCUCCUGUCGUGUUACUUUUCUGAUCUAAUCCAACACAGCAAAGCUGUUACCUGCAGCCUUCGCUUGCAAAGCUAACACUACUAACAUUAGGUCAGUCCAAGUAAUUAGUGGAAACAUGCUAACGUUACACACAAGUUAGUAGUAAAGUAAGACCUGUUCAUAAAUGCUCUGGUGUAGCUCUGAAUUUCUUAUAAACUGAGGACAACUGCCUGCUGUAUAUUUGUGUUCAUGGUCACAGUCACAGAUAAUUUUGUGGCGUUUGUUGUAACGUUACUAGACAAAAGCGGUUCACAUCAGCUACAUUUAGCUUGCGUAUAACUUCCAUGUCAUCAUAUAUUGAAGUAAAACAACGUCUAACAAGUUGCGGUAUAUUCUCUAAAUAAAAACAAAAAUGACAUACCUGUCGAUUAGGAAAGCUCUCUCUCCACUUGGUGAAUGGCCGACCGAGGUUUACACGCGUUUUGGCUCGAGCCCUAUCACUGUCCCGUUUAGCCUUCUUCUGUUCUUUUUCUUUUAGAUGGUGCUCCUUUGUUAUCCGCCAUGACAUCAAAAGUACAACCAAGUCCUUAUAGAUACAUCUCUGGUAAAACUGUUGUGUGUUCUGCCCGUUGCGUACCGCUUACUUGGAGAACACUCUCUGUAAACACGGCUCCUUCUUCUUCUGUGAUUUAAUGGCUGCGGGCCGCUGCAGGCGAGCAGAAUUACUUCCGCCUCGGGUGCCGUAUACUGGUUUGCUGACUUCCGCUGUCCGUCCGACCCGCGCGAGGCUACGCUAAAUAGCCAUAUAGAGAAAGGCUUUUUGUCACUGUUGGGUUCAAAUAAAUAUGCGGAUCUUCAAGGGGGGGUGAUACGAACUAGGGACAGUUUUAUUAAUGGUAAAAAGUUCCGCACAGCUGCUUUAAUAUUGAAAUAAAUAUCAAUGAAUUCAUAGCAUUGAAAUACUUAAUUUUAAAAAUCCUGUAUUUGAAUCUAUUUGUUCUGAAUUCACCUUUUAAAAUUAGAAUAUUAAUUUUAUUAAUUUGCAAUUUCAGUUUUUUUUUUCAAUGUUCACAAAUUUAGAUCCAAAAGUUAAAAAAAAAUACUUGAAUUUUGGACCUGAAUUCAACCAAAUGAAUUUUAGCAAUGUCCACAAAUUCAGAUCCAAAAUUAAAAAAAUAUAUAUAAAAAAUCUUGAAUUUUGGAUCUUGAAACUAACCGAUCAGAUUUUAGCUACCCAAAUCUACCAAUCACAUUUUAGCAGCCUGAAUCUGCUUUUGAAAAUUCUGAAAGUUGAAUUUUUGGAUCUGAAUUUGUGAACAUUGAAACAAAAAUAUUCAAAUCAAGACAUUUUAUAUUGCAAUUUUAAAAAAAAGGGAUCCAUGAACAAAUAAAAUCAGAUGCAUGGUUCUCAAAGUAAAAUAUUUAGAUGCUAUAAAUGUAGUGGUGUUUAAAUUUCAAUAUCAGGUAUUCAGUGACUGUUAAAAUUAAAAUAAUUGUUUCUCUCUUUUUUUCCCCAUAUUUUCUACACUACGCUGAACUGCACAUGGAGAAGUGUUACACUACAUCAUUGUUGUUAAUUGGUCAGUUUUAGUAAUGACUGUCUUGAUGUUUCAAAUACUGUAAAGUUUUUAUGGCCAGGAAAAGAUUUGUUAAACUGUAAUAGGGAACAUUUUCUGUCCCCUACCAGCAGCGUCAUAAAGAAUCUUUCUAUUUAUUGUUAAACAAAAAUGCAAACAUGUGAAAAUAUAUUUGUCUUUAUUUGUCUACAGGGCUAUAGAUUUUCUACGCGUUGUGCUGUUUACACUGUGUAUCUGUUUUUAAAGUGAUAUUUCGCUCUCUCUGGAGGCAGGAAUCAGCCUCAGACUCGCUGCCUCUCAGGUGGCCCUGAGGUGUGAGCCAGAGCUGCUGCUGCUGUUGUUGUUGUUCCAGCUUUUCUGACUCUGUUUUCUGCACCCAAAAAAAGCUGAAAAUUGCAUCUCAAAAAGCACACACACAAAUCUGGAGAAAACAACUUGGAACACAACAUUGCCCCAGUUAACUUUGCGUGUGUUGGAAGAGUUUGCAGCGAGACGAUGAGGGAGGAGAGAGUAUCACCACGCCGACACCUGGAACAGCCGAUAUUGGGUCAGAACACAUGAGAAUAUGUGUAGCAAAAGUAAUAUCAGGGAAUAUCACUUUAAAACUACAACACUGUAUUUCAAAUCUACAGUACAGCACUCACUCUCUUGUUAAUGAGCUAGAUGUUUGAAAGAUAUUUUUUCUACACAGUUUGAAUUUUGUAACCGCACAAUUAAAGAUGUUUUAAAUAUAUUCCUGACGGAUUUGACUCUGUGUUUGCGGUAUCUCUACGUGAUGAGCAGCAGCCACUUGAUAGGUUGGGAGUGUAGUGUUUGUAGCUCUGCAGUGUUUGGCGUGUUUUUAUUUUUGGCUCAACGUGAACAUCAGUUAGUUCAUCACCCAGUGCCUGCUUAGCAUGCACCUGUGUCUGUUUGUCACUGCUGAUGUUUGUUCACUAUUUCUGGUGCUGGCUCGUUACUUUAUU